AUGGACGCGCAAUACCCGUUUGCCUCAAGAGAAGAUAUCUGGCGUGUCCAGGAAGAGGUGAAAGACCUCUUCGCAGUUCAGAUUGAGCACGGCGAGCGGAUAUCGAGACUGGAGCGGCGUCGAGACGACGAUGCGAGGAUGAAGAGUGUUUGGGGUCCGUUGUAUUCGUUUUCGGGGCCUGUUGGCGUGGCUCACCAUCAAGAAUCAUCGUUUAACCCUACUGCUGAGCCAUUCAAAGGGGAGCCCCGCCGCGGCGCUUCGCGGGCAAACAGCGUGCGAUUCGAUGAGAGCUCAAUGUAUUAUAGUCAAGCAAACAGAUCGGCUGCUGAGCUCCUCCCAUUGAGAACGGGUAGUGGGCUGGGAAGUCAUCCGCUGACAGAGCGUUCGCUUUCGCAUCGAUCUGACGGGAAACAAAGCUCUUCCGGCCAGUCUCACCAUUCUACCCUUACCAAUGGAAUGGGCUUCGAAGCCUCUCGUUUGCUUGGUAGCGCUAGUGGAAAUGGGCCAUCCGCCACUAAUAGCAAUACUCCAUUACAACCGCCUCCUGGACUGUUCAUCCUAGGGCCUGUCCCGUGCAUCAUCCGUUGCUGGCUCACGACGAACUUUUCAAAUGAUUCAUUACUUUACGCUGCAGUGUGCACGGGGUCGUAUCGGUCUUCUAUUAGCGAUCAGAUGGUGCACAAGCUAGGUCUCGAGGCUGACGCUUUGGAGGAGGAUGGUGUGCGAAUUAUUAAGCUUCCGGUCUACCUUCCUGAAGCAAGUGUCUACCAGCCGUCAUCUCGCGGUGGUAGCCCGGCCCAUCAACUCCCCACGCUGACUGUUCGAUUCACCGUUCGCACCCCAGACCCGAAUGACAGGAGCAUUCAGAUUUUCUUGGGAAGUGAUAUUCUCCGCGCGCACAACGCAGACAUUCUCUUCUCGCAAGAUAAGAUGUUAAUCGUGGACAACGAUCGGAACAAGAUCUCGAUACCGCUUGUGCGUCCUGAGGAUGAUUCUACAUUCAGAAGUCUGUCCACAUGCCCCGAGCCAAUACCCGUUGCCACAGCUACACAACCAAAUGGAGCUGUCAAUGAGAAGAAAAGUGAUCGACUACAGAUGAACGGGGAGAAGCUCACGACCAUUGCCGCCACUACCACCGGGCCCUCAGAACCAGAAAUGCACGGAGCCGUGACAUCCCCCGACCUGAAAACCGACAAACCUAGCACUCUAAGCGUCCGAACCUCCUCAGACUCCUUAGACACAUACCAAGGCCGAAAACUCAAUCGCCACUUCCCCUCCGACUCCUCCGACAAUAGCCCCGACCAGCCCCACCACCUCAAAUCCAGUACAACGGCGUCUGGGGACCCCUGGCGCCGCGAUCCAAACUCAGGGAGUAGGGCGGAUAACUCCCUCUCAUCCAACCCCAGCGCCAGUGCAGGCUCCAACGCCAACAGCCCCUUCAUGUCUGCCUACCAACGCUCAACGCGCACGCGAAACAUGAAGAUUCUAAAGCCCUCCAAACCUGCGUCGUCUGGUAGCGCGUCGUCGAGGGCCGCUUCAGGCGGCACGACGAUGACGUCGACGACAGCUUGCUCGUCUUUAUUUGGCGACUCGCGGUCCAGUGCUGAGGGGCAUGAUGGGUCGUCCUCACAUGUGACAACUUCAGCAAACGGUAGUAGUACGAAGCCGAAUUCGAGUGAUGGCAGUGGUGCUGCUGGGGUUCCCUGGUCUAGGAAGCCGCGGUCUGCUAAUCCAGUCGGUGGGGCGUCGGCGUUUGGGUGGCUGAAUUCGUCGGGGGCGAAGAGGGAUGGGGUUGGUGCCGAAUGGGAGAGAUAG